AUGCACGUGGAUCCAAACACCAGCCUCGCGGCCCAGCGCGUGCUAGCGGCGCACAAGGCGAAGCACCUGCAUGUGGAGGUCGAUUCCCCAUCUGGCGUCCCCUCGCACGGGGGGAACUCGGGCGGGGCUAUUGUGACUGGAGAGGGUCCGGAGUUCCGCGAGCCGGCGCAACAGCAGCAGCAGCAGCUUCCGCCGAUUCAGGCUCAGGCGCAGGCGGUUCCAGGCGAAGGGGCUACUGUUCCGCAGCCGCUACUGUCAAAGUCAGGCCGGCCUGUUGUGCGUUGCCAGUGGUGCUCCCAGAUGCUCGCCGUGCCACCAAAACUGGAGCCGAGAGACGGAGUUCAGAAGCUGCGUUGCGGAAAGUGCCUAAAGAUCUCCAAGUUCUCCGUCUUCGUCCCUCCCGCCGGCGGCGUUCCCGUGCUCAUGCCUCUUUCCGCCUCCGGCCCUCUCCCCGGUCCGCCUUCUGUAGCUGUUUCGCGUGGUGGAGCCCAAAAUCAGCAACCCCUGCCUGUGCAGCCACAGCCGCAGCUGCAGCCGCCGCCGCAGCAGCAGCAAGGGCAGGUGGUGUCGGAGGAAACGUGGCUGCAGCAGCCGCUGCAAGGUGUAGCCCCGCUGCAGGCUUACCAGCAACAGCCGCAGUUCCAACAGCCGCAGGGCAUGGGUCCCGUGCAGCCGCAGCAGGCGCGGCAGCCUUCGCCGCAGCUCAUGCAGCAGCAGCAGCAGCAGCAGCAGCAGCAGCAGCAUGCAGCGUUGCAGGGUUAUGGGCAGGGUGCGCAGGGGCUGGUGCAGCAGAUGGGCGGCUUGAGCAUGGGUGAGUCGUUUAGUCAGCAGCCGUAUGCUAUGGCCCCUCAGAUGCCACAGGGGAUCGGCCCGCAGGGAGGGAUGCAGCAGGGCAUGGGGCAGCAAGGCAUGGGGCAACAGGGCAUUGGGCAACAGGGCAUGGGGCAGCAAGGCAUGGGCCAGCAGGGGAUGGGGCAGGUGUAUCAGCAGCAGGCUCAUGCACCUGGGCAUAUGCAGGCUCACCCACAACAGCAGCAGGCGGUACCUCAAUUCCAGCAACAGAUGGUUGGGGGAGUGCAGCAGCAGUAUGCCAACUUCGCACAGCCAGGCAUGGCUGGGCCUGGAGGGUUUAUACCUCAGCAGCAGCAGCAACAGCAGCUUCAGCACCCUCACCAGCAGCAGCAGCACAUGCAAUUCCAGCAGAUGCAGAAUCAGCCCAUUCAACAGCAGAUGCAGCAGCAGGUGAUGCACCAGGGACAGGGUCAGGGGCAGCAGCAGAUGGGUCAUCUCGCGCCCCCACAUGCCUCUCAAUCUCCCGUGCAGGCGUCAGGCUUUGCAGCUAGCCCCCUAUCCCAGAACCACUCACCCUCCAUGCCCAUGUACCAUCAAAACUCAGGCCCUCCGCAACAGCAGCAGCCACUCCACCCAUACCAGCAGCAGAGCCCCAUGCAGGGUCGCUCUCACAUGGGCAAGGUAGCAUACGGGCAUCAAGCACCCAGACCUCCUCUAUCCGGUGGGAGCAUAGGGGGGCACCUGGAGAGCGAGGAGGGCCUGCCAAGGCAAGGGUCAGGGAAACGGUUCCCCAAGCAGCCGCCACAGCCCCCCAUGGACCCACAAGCUGCCACCAGACGGUACCUCACUGGCCCGGGGAAGUCCCUAGCGGCUUCGAUCGGCUUUAGAAGCGGGUCUCUCAACGAACAUCAGAUGCAGCAGCAGCAGCAGCACGGGGGUGCGGGAAUGGGAGCGCCUGCGGACCUGCCCUUCAGGCGCACUGCCACGGAGUACAGUGGGCCGCCCGGGCGGGCAGAUGCGAUGACGGUGGCGCCGAGAAGCUCCACGCUGGGCGGCGAGGGGCAGUACCGUCGCAAGGUGUAUAUGAACGGGCAGCCCGUGCCUGACAAGCUUGUGUUCCUGGCUGAGAGGCGGAUUGGAACGAUUGAGCCAGGCAGCUACUGGUAUGACUGCCGAGCUGGAUUUUGGGGCCCUGUGGGAGGGCCAGCAUUCGGAGUUACUCCGGCUUUUAUGAGGGAGUUCGGCAUGCAGCCGAUGCAGAGUGACUGUUCCGGAGGCAAGACUAAGGUGUUUGUGAAUGGGAGAGAGCUGCACAAGAAGGACCUUGUUACUUUGAUGAAGAGGGGCUUUCCGGACACUCCUGGUGCUCGGUACACUCUGGAUGCUGAUGGCACAGUCUGCAAUGAGGCAGGCCGACACCUCUUUGCCAUGGGAAAACUAUUAGCUUCUCUUCUUCUUCGUGCAAGAAAGCAGGACUGGCCAAGACCUGGGACGUCCAGAUAUGCCUGGCUUCUAGAGAGACAGUUAGCCACAACUUCCUUAGGGGACAAACACGACGAAACCACCAGGAUCCCUCUUAUUAGUGCAUCACAGGAAUCGGCUAGUCCUAAGCCAUCUGCGGGAUCAAAACCAAAGCUUCGGCCUUUGAUGCCAAAAGCAGACGGCAGCCUACCAGAGGCCGUCAAAGUCGCUGCUAAGGCCUGCGGAGUGCAAAAUCCGACGGUGAAACGAGUAGCAGAGGGCGUGACGUCUACCACACCCACAAGAGUUUUUGAAGUACCUGAGUUGAUCGAAAAUGACAAAGUGCUACCAGACAUGUCUCCAGGAGUGGUGCCUAAGGGUUACAUUGAUCCGGUUAUUCCUGAAGUCUGGGGUCGGGUCCAUUCCAUCGAGUCGUUUUCGGCAGUGGACGGGCCUGCCAUUAGAUCCGUAGUCUUCGUGCAGGGAUGUCUAAGGCGGUGUGUUUUCUGUGCCAACCCAGAUACAUGGAGCGUGACAGCUAAGUCUCAACGGCUAUCAUCCAAAGACAUUGCUGCGCGGUUGAAGAAGAACUUGGCGUAUUAUAAAGGCGGUGGUGGGGCUAGGGGUCAACAAGUGGGAAGCAUUAGGAUUGAAAUAUCCUUUGGAUGGGAUGGUGCCAAGCCCAAAAGAAGUCGUUGA